UGGCCUAAACCGACGCACGCGUCCCCGGGCCGGGUCGGCUUUCAGUGGCUAGCGGGGCCAGGGGCGGAGAUUGCCGAAGCUCGCGUGCAGGGAGCAGGCGCGGUGGCUCGGCCAUGGCCGAAAACCUGUGCCGAGCCCGGGCCCGGGUCUACCCCCCGUCCGUACUCUUCCUGCACCCGGACCUGGGCGUGGGCGGUGCCGAGCGGCUAGUGCUGGACGCGGCGCUGGCGCUGCAGGAGUACGGCUGUGACGUGAAGAUAUGGACCGCGCACUACAACCCGAAUCACUGCUUCCUGGAGACCCGCGAGCUCCCGGUGCACUGCGCCGGGGACUGGCUGCCCCGCAGCCUGGGCUGGGGCGGCCGCGGCGCCGCCAUCUGCGCCUACGUGCGCAUGAUCUUUCUGGCCCUCUACGUGUUGUUUCUGUCCGGCGAGGAGUUUGACGUGGUCGUGUGCGACCAGGUAUCUGCCUGUAUACCUGUCUUCAAACUGGCCAGACGGCGUAAGAAGGUCCUGUUUUACUGUCACUUCCCAGAUCUCCUGCUUACCAAGAGAAAUUCUGCCCUGAAGCGGUUCUACAGGGCCCCCAUUGACUGGAUCGAGGAAUACACCACAGGCAUGGCAGAUCGCAUCUUGGUAAACAGCCAGUACACAGCUUCCGUCUUUAAGGAAACCUUCAAGACCCUGUCUCAUGUAAACCCUGAUGUCCUCUACCCGUCCCUGAACAUCGGCAGCUUUGACUUGGCUGUUCCUGAGAAGAUAGAUGACCUAGUCCCCAAGGGGAAACAGUUCCUGUUCCUCUCUAUCAACCGAUUCGAAAGGAAGAAGAAUCUACCUUUGGCGCUGAGCGCCCUAGUCCAGCUUCGCGGACGGUUGACAUCUCAAGACUGGGAAAGGGUUCAUCUGUUCAUGGGUGGUGGUUACGACGAUAGGGUCCUGGAAAACGUGGAACACUAUAAGGAGUUAAAGAAAAUAGUCCAGCAGUCAGACCUCGAGCGCCACGUGACCUUCCUGCCAUCCUUCUCAGACAGACAGAAAAUCUCGCUCCUCCACGGCUGCUUGUGUGUGCUUUACACCCCGAGCAAUGAGCACUUCGGCAUCGUCCCCCUGGAGGCCAUGUACAUGCAGUGCCCGGUCAUCGCCGUCAACUCAGGGGGGCCCUUGGAGUCUGUCGUCCACAAGGUCACAGGGUUCCUGUGUGAGCCUGACCCAGUGCGCUUCUCAGAGGCAAUGGAACAGUUCAUCCACAAGCCAUCCUUGAAAGCCACGAUGGGCCUGGCUGGAAGAGCCAGGGUGGCAGAGAAGUUCUCCGCCGAAGUGUUUGCGGAGCAGCUCUUCCAGUAUGUCACCAAACUCGUGUAGCCGGGGCACCUCUAGAGCUCAGGGCCAGUAUGCGACUUGCGCUGCAAUCCUUCCGGGUUGUGGAAGCACCUCUGAAACCAAAAAGAAGGAGCUAGAAACUAGUGCUAGUAAGAUCAUUUUUUUAAGUAGACUUGAGUCUUGAAUGUGAGCCACCUGUCCACCACUCCUACCUGUGAUUUUUCUGACUAUAUCCUUAAUGCUGUAAUCAUUCCAGAUCUCAUCAGCGUUGUUGAAAGAAUGGUAGAAACCUGCUGCUAGCAGGCUAUUUUAAUUCUGUUUUCCUGGAUUAUGAUUCCUUUAUAUAUAAAGGUGUAAUUAUCCACUGUCUUAAUUGGCUUUAAUAGUUUAGGUCUCAUCAUUGUCACAGUCGAUUGAUUUGACUUCAGGGUGUAAUGGGAACGGGCAGUUGCGGGUUUCAUGCUCAGUUCUCUUAAAGUGUCCUCUGUUAGCUGUUAGGAAAGUUUUGUUUGAGUUUUGCCUGGAUCCAUAACCAGAGAGCUCAGUAUUAUUUAUUGGUGUUUUUUGGGGGGAGGGGGUUGUUUGUUUGUUACUGCAACUAGACAAUAAAUGAUGUUUGACACAGGAAGAGAAUAAAGCAUUAGGUCUGGACCUCCAUGCUCUGAUUUUAUCUUGUUAAAUAACGAAACCUGAAGUCAGAAAACCAGGGUGAACAAGACAGUUGACACAAAGAAGGAAUGUCAUUACACACUUGUCAACUUGCUGUGUCUCAGAGAUUACCCAUGUUUGGCCUUAUUUCUUUGAGCCUGUGGCAGACAUUCAUGGUAGAGGAGGCAACCAGGAAGCAAAGAGAUAGAAAGGGGUCAGUGUCACCUUCUAGAGAAUGUCCCUAAUGACCUAAUCUCCUUUCACCAGUCCUGCCUACUACAAGUUCUCCCACCUCCCAGUAGCAGCAUGGGCUAGGGAUGAAGCCUGCAGGGCACAGGCCUUUGUGGGGAGGUGUUAGUCGGGGUUCUCUAGAGUAGCAGCACUUACAGAAUGAGUCUCUCUAUAUAUGUAUAUGUAAAGGGCAUUUAUUAGAAUGACUUACAGGCUGCAGCCCAGCUAAUCCAGAAAUGGCUGUCUGAACCGUGAACAGAAAGUCCAAGAAGCCAGUACUUGCUCAGUCCUCGAGACCGGAUGUCUCCGCUGGUCUUCACUGGAAUCCCGAAGAAAUAGGCUCUGAUGCCUGCGAAGAAACGGACUGGCUAGCAAGGUGAGGACAAGCAGGCGAAGCAAAAGCUCCCUUUUAUAGAUUCCAGCAGAAGGAUGGCCCAGAUUAGAGGUGUGUCUUCCCCCUCAAGAAGGAGGAUCUGCCUACUUCCAAUUAAGUAAAAAUCCCUCACAGGUGUGCCCUCUGUUUUUGGAUUUUAGUUAAAUCCAGAUGUAGACAGGUUGGCCCCCAGAGGGACAUUCAACAUCUAAACUGUUUACCAAGCCUCACUUUCCAGACAUGUUUCAUAAUGUCACUGAGUCUCCAGGUCUUAGCGUUUGUGUCUGUAUUCCUCCCAGGUUUAGCAUGUCAGUGUUUCCUGUCCUACAUCUAAAUGCCUUUAUGUGAAGCUGGCUUGAUCCUCUCCUUGCCUCUCAUCUUCCGUAUCGCUGUGACACUGCCCAGUCAUAAUUGUUCUUAAUUGUUUACUCGUUGCUUGUAAGUGCAAAUAUUAAAGCAAUCUUCAAUUUG